GGCUAACGCCACUGUUAAACAGACGUGUUGAAACAUCAUGGCUGACGCAUUUGAAAACUUCGAGGAAGACGCGCCGGUGGCGACUGAUAUGGAAGAUGUCGUCCAGGACGAUCAGGCAGCUCAGGUCUACGAAGAAGCCCCCGUCGUUCAGACGGCUGAGCUUCCUGAAAUUAAGCUGUUCGGCCGAUGGAGCAGCGAUGAUAUCGAUAUUUCCGACAUUUCCGUUUCGGAUUAUAUCGCCGUGAAGGAGAAGCACGCCAAAUAUCUUCCCCACUCGGCUGGUCGGUACGCCGCCAAGCGUUUCCGCAAGGCCCAGUGCCCAAUCGUCGAGCGUAUGACCAACUCUCUGAUGAUGAAGGGUCGCAACAACGGCAAGAAGCUGAAGGCGGUGCGCAUCUUGCGUCACGCUUUCGAAAUCAUGCAUCUGCUGACCGGCGAAAACCCGCUGCAAAUCGUGGUUCACGCCAUCAUCAAUUCCGGCCCACGUGAAGAUUCCACCCGUAUCGGACGUGCCGGUACCGUCCGUCGUCAGGCUGUGGACGUGUCUCCUCUGCGUCGCGUCAACCAGGCUAUCUGGUUGUUGUGCACCGGAGCUCGUGAAGCCGCAUUCCGUAACAUCAAGACGAUUGCCGAAUGUUUGGCCGAUGAGCUGAUCAACGCUGCGAAGGGUUCUUCGAACUCGUACGCCAUCAAGAAAAAGGAUGAGCUGGAGCGUGUCGCCAAGUCUAACCGAUAAAAAGACACGUGUGCGGUGUUGUUGGUUACGGGGGUUUGUGUAUCCGGCUGGUAUUGCUUGUCAUCACUCGUUUCGCAUCCAUAGUGUUUUCUGCUCUGGGAAGACAUGAUUGGGCGAAACGAGGCUCUCUUUUCGAAAUAACCACCAUCCUGUACGGGGAGAGAGUUUGUACAUCUUAAGUUUAAGGUGUAGCGCAUGUGGGUGUAUUCUGAUGCUCACAUGUAUUGCCGAUACAGAAAAGAGGUAUCAAUAAAAACAGGAAACU